AUGUCGAGCUCCCAGCAGCAUCUCAUCCAAGGCAUGCACCAGGACCUCAGCUGCCCCAUCUGCCUCAAGCUGUUCCAGUCUCCCGUGACAACGGAAUGCGGGCACACCUUCUGCCAGGAGUGCCUGUCUCGGGUGCCCAAGGAAGAGGACGGCAAGGCCACCUCCUGCCCCACCUGCCAGGCUCUCGCCAAGGUGGAGCAGCUGCACAUCAACAAGCAGAUGGAGCACCUGGUGCAGUGCUUCCAGCAAGUCCCCCGUGACCACUGCGAGGAGCACCUGGACCCCCUGAGCGUCUACUGUGAGCAGGACCGGCAGGUCAUCUGCGGGGUGUGCGCUUCUCUGGGCAAGCACAAGGGGCACAACAUCAUCACCGCCGCUGAGGCCCACCAAAGGAUGAAAAGGCAACUUCCCCAGCAGCAAGUCCAACUGCAAGAGGCCCAAGUCCGGAAGGAGAAGACCAUUGCCCUGCUGAACCGGCAAAUCGCGGAAGUGGAGGAUACUGUGUCUCAGUUCAAGCGACAGGUGUCGGAACACCUGGGGGUGAUGCGUGCCUUCUUGGGAACCCUGGAGGCCUCCCUGGGCCAGGAGGCCGAGCGUGUGCAGCAGCAAGCCACAAAGGCCUUGCUAAAUGAGCGCAAGACCAUGACGCACUACCUGGACCAGCUCAAGCAGAUGGAGACCGUGCUGGGAGAAGUGCAAGAGGAACCCCAGACUGAGUUUCUCAGGAAAUACUGCCUGGUGGCCAGCAGACUGCAGAAGAUCCUGGGAGAAUCCCCGCCCAUCGCCCGCAUGGACAUCCAGCUCCCCAUCAUUUCAGAUGAGUUCAAGUUCCAGGUGUGGAGGAAGAUGUUCCGUUCACUGAUGCCAGCCUUGGAGAACCUGACCUUUGACCCCAACACUGCUCAGCAAAACCUGGUGGUGUCGGAGAACUGCAAGUGGGUGGAGUGCUCUGAGCACAAGCAGGCCGUGAGCGCCGACGACCCGCAGCGCUUCGAUAAGUCCAACUGUGUGCUGUCGCGCCAGAGCUUCUCAAAGGGGGAGCAUUACUGGGAGGUGGUUGUGAGCGAUAAGCCGCGCUGGGCCCUGGGCAUCAUCUCGGCUGAAGCUGGGCGCAAGGGCCGCCUGCACGCCACCCCGUCCAACGGCUUCUGGCUGAUAGGGUGCAAGGAGGGCAAGAGCUACGAGGCCCACGUGGAACACAAGGAGCCACGGCCACUGAAGCUGGAGAGGAAGCCCAACCGCAUCGGCAUCUACCUCAGCUUUGACGACGGCGUCCUCGCCUUCUAUGACGCCAGCGAUGAGGACAACCUUGUGCAGAUCUUUGCCUUCCGCGAGCGCUUCACGGGCACUGUCUACCCCUUCUUUGACGUCUGCUGGCACGAUAAGGGCAAAAACAGCCAACCGCUGGUCAUUUAUACUCCAGAGUCAGAAGCGCAGUAACUAAC